AUGAUGUCACAAACAGAUAUGAGUACUGAUGUAAUUGAAAAGAAUAAUAGUGAUUUAUUGAGUGGAACAUAUCCAAUUAAAGUUAUGGCUUAUAAAGUAGAUACACCAUUAUCGAUAUCAACAUUAGGAAACGGAAAUAAUUCAAUGAAUUAUACAAUUGAAUUACAUAUUGGUGAACGAGAAAAAAUUGGUCAAGGAACUUUUGGGAAAGUUUAUAAAGCAAAAUUAUUGACUACGCAAGAAAUUGUUGCAAUAAAAGAAGUUGAAAUGGAAGAGAAAUUUAAAUCUCGUGAAUUAGAUAUGCUUAAAACAAUGAUUCAUCCGAAUAUAGUUCGAUUAAAAUAUUUUUUUCAUUCAUCUUCAUCAAUAAAAGAUCUGUUAUGUUUGAUUAUGGAAUUUAUGCCAAUGAGUGCUCAUCGUUUAAUCUCAGAUUAUCGACGUAAUCAUAAAAUACUUCCAUUAUUUUAUAUAAAAUUAUUUUCCUAUCAAAUGUUACGAGGUCUCGGAUAUUUACAUACACAAGGCGUUGCACAUCGUGAUGUUAAACCUGCGAAUAUGAUUGUUGAUUAUGAAGCUGGAAUAUUAAAAAUAUGUGAUCUUGGAAGUGCAAAAAAAUUAAAUAAAAAUGAAAAAUCUGUUUCAUAUGUAUGUACUCGUUAUUAUCGAGCUCCAGAAUUAUUACUUGGUUGUACUGAAUAUACAACAGCUGUUGAUAUAUGGUCAGCUGGUUGUUGUCUCGCUGAAUUUUUAAAUGGUUAUGCUAUAUUUCGAGGGAUUGAUUCUAGUGAUCAAAUGUAUCGAAUAAUAAAAAUAAUUGGAAUUCCAACACGUGAUGAAUUACGUGAAAUGAAUUCACGUUAUACAGGUUCAGUUGAUUUAACUAUAAUUACAUUUACACCACGUACAUUACGUGGUUAUUUACCUGAACAUACACAAGAAUCAGCAUUUAUUCUACUUGAACAAUUAUUAAAAUAUAAACCCAAUGAACGUAUAAUAUGUCAAAAUGCACUUGCAUCUGAAUUUUUUAUUGAAUUAAAACAACGUUCGAUUUUCUUACCAAAUAAACGUAUUUUACCAUCAUUAUUUAAUUUUUAUGAUAAUGAAUUAUCAAAACAUUCACAUUUAUAUUCAGCUAUUGUACCUGAUUUCAUACGAAAUAAUCUUGCUGAGAUACAUGAGAUUGAUAAUCAUACGUCAUCAUUGAAAUAA